AUGUACACCAACGGAGAGACGCAGACGACCGGCGAUGUUGUGGGGACACUCACGCUUAGUCUGUUGGGCUUUUUUCUUGGCUGUGUAACGGUUGUUGCGCUUGACUGGCUCCUCCGCCGAUGGCAAAGAGGAUUACUGGGAACUCGCAUUCCCUCUGGCUCAUCUGCGGAGGGGAAUAAGCAGCCGCCUACCCUGCCACCGCAACCGCAGCCGCCGCCUUUCACUUCUGCGGCUGGACAGGAAGAAGAGGAGGAGGAAUGGAGUACUGAGGCCGAGGAAGAGGAGGAGGAGGAAGACACCUCUGGGUACGACAGUGAGUUUGAACGCAUGGAGGAGCUUCAGCUAAAAAUGGUGCUCGUCAUUAGACGAGAUGUAAAGGCAGUGACUACGAACGACAUCUGCGCUCUCUCCGCCGGGGCUGCUGUGAGCCUGGUGCAGAAAAUACAAGGCGAUAGGGAGCACGAGGAGUGGAAAGCGUGGUACGACUGGUGGAGACGUGUGGGAUGCACUAAAAUCACGCUUAAAUCCCCUGAUAGCGACACACUUCGAAAGGUCGCACUUGCCGCGGAGGCGGGUGGUCUUCCGUGGCACGGCACCACGCCCCUGGCCGAGGAAUACAGUGCAGAGCAGAUGGGAGUGCUGGUGGCGGUUGGCCCAGCACCGUCUGCGGCACUGAACCCUAUCACUGGAAAACUGAAGCUGCUUUCCUGA